UACUCUAAAGUAUCAAUACUGUGGGUUGUAAUGACAAAAUAUAAAAAAUACAUUCUGGGUUGUUGCUUUUGCAAAAUCACAAAAGACAUUAUGGGUUUCGCUUGCCACCCACAUAUACAAGAAAGCGGCAAGAAAUCCCUUAUAUGUUAUUUGCUGAAGACAUAAGACACCUCUUGCAGUUCCUCAUCUGAGACUCAGAGUGCCGCUGUUGACCAACAUAGUUCUUACACUGGAGCUGAAAAUCCAGUGAACUGCUGCUUCUGCAAUGUGAUUGUUCAGUCACACAGAGCUGGGAAACAGCAGAGCACAGGGACUUCCAAAGUGUUUUGCUGUGAAACAAAAACCACUGCAAAAUACAGAAAUUCAACAGCAACCAGUAGCCUUGUUUAUCAUCCCUCAUUGAGUUCUUCUGCAUCCUAAUGGGAAUGUGAAACUCCUCAUCAGCUCAACGGAUUACAGAAAACAAGGAUAAAGCUCAUAUCCCUGCAAGAGGAAUGGAAGAUAGGCAGAAGGAAAACAGCAGAUCAGUAAGAAGGCAAGUACCUCUCCUCUUACUAUUCUCUCUGUAUGGUCAGAUUGCCUCAGAGCACAUUCAUUAUUCCAUCCCUGAAGAAAUGGAAAAGGGAUCCAUUGUGGGAAACCUGGCCAAAGACCUGAGAUUGAAUAACAGAGAAAUAGGAAAUGGCAAUCUGCAUAUCCUUUCCCUUGGUAAAAAGCAAUAUUUCACUCUCAGUGCAGAAAAUGGGAAUUUGUAUGUAAGGGAAAGGAUUGAUAGAGAGGAAUUAUGUGGGCAAACUGCAAUCUGCUCCAUCAAUUUUGAAGUGGUGGUUGAGAGUCCUAUGAAUAUUUUUCAUGUAACUGUAGAGAUCCAAGACAUUAAUGAUCAUGCACCACGUUUUGUAAAUGGGGAUAUCAAGCUGGAGAUAAGUGAAUCCUCUUUAAAAGGCACCACGUUUCUCCUUGGACAAGCUGAAGAUCCUGAUCUUGGGGUGAAUUCUCUUCAGAAUUACAACCUUAGCACAAAUCAGUAUUUUAUUCUGGAAGUGAGAGAAAGAAAGGAUGGAAAGAAAUAUGCAGUAUUAGUAUUGAAUAAACAGUUGGAUCGGGAAAGUGAAGGCAGUUUCCAAUUAAUCCUUACGGCGCUGGAUGGAGGGAAGCCUGCCAAAACUGGAACAGCCAAAAUAUGGAUCACCGUCAUUGAUGCAAAUGACAACCCACCAGUCUUCACUCAAAAAGUAUACACAGUCAAGCUGAAAGAAAAUGCCCCCAAAGGGUCUUCAGUGGUCCAGGUGAAAGCCACAGAUAGAGAUAAAGGUUCUUACGCUCAAAUCAGCUAUAAUUUUAGUAACAUCCCUGAAAUUGCUCACCAGAAAUUCUACUUGGAUCCACAAGAAGGGACAAUAACACUUAAAGAGGCUCUGGACUUUGAGGAAAUAGAAGAAUAUGCAAUGGCAGUGGAAGCAAGAGAUGGGGGAGGAUUAGUCGCUCAAUGCAAUGUUGAAAUUUCACUCCUAGAUGAGAAUGACAAUGCCCCAGAAGUGAUUCUUGCCUCUUUAUCCAGCCCAAUCCCUGAAGACUCUGCAGUAGGAACCCUGGUAGCCCUUAUCAAUGUAAAUGAUAGAGACUCUGGAGAUAAUGGGAAGAUUACUUGUGACAUACAACACACUUUGCCAUUCAAAAUGGUAUCAGCCUCCAAUAAUUAUUAUAAGCUUCUCACAGAUGCCCCUUUGGACAGAGAAAGAACUCCAGAGUACAAUAUCACAGUAACAGCCACAGACAAAGGCAACCCGCCUCUUUCCACAUACAAAACCAUCACACUGCAGAUCUCUGACAUCAAUGACAACUGCCCUGCCUUUGAGAAACCCUAUUAUACUGCCUAUGUCCCAGAGAACAAUCCUUCAGGCUCCUCCAUUUUCAGGGUCAAAGCCUCCGACCCAGAUGUGGACCAGAAUGCUCAAAUCACAUACUCCAUUCGCAACAGCAUCACUGAGGGGCUGCCUCUCUCAUCCUUCCUCUCCAUAAAUUCUGAGACUGGCACUAUCUAUGCUCAGCGCUCCUUUGACUAUGAGCAAGUCAGGGAGUUUCAAGUGGAGGUGAGGGCCGAAGAUGGAGGCUCCCCCCGCCUCAGCAGCAAUGCCACCGUGAGAGUGUGUAUUCUGGACCAGAAUGACCAAAGCCCUCAGAUUCUUUACCCUUCUCAAGGAGUAGAGGGCUCCUCCUUGUUUGAGAUGGUGCCUCGUUCAGCAGAGGAGGGGUAUUUGGUGACAAAGGUGGUGGCUGUGGAUGCUGACUCUGGACACAACGCUUGGCUCUCCUACUAUCUGCUCCAGGCAACAGAACCUGGGCUGUUCUCUAUUGGUUCCCAUACUGGGGAGAUCAGGACCUCACGGGCUUUUCUGGAAAGAGAUGCUGUGAAGCAGAAGCUCAUAAUCUUAGUCAAGGAUAAUGGGCAGCCACCACUAUCUGCUACUGUGAGUCUCAACCUGGUGUUUGCUGAGAACUUCCAGGAGGCACUUCCGGAAAUUAGCCACCAGCCCAGUGACUCCGAGUAUCAAUCGGAUCUGCAGUUCUUCUUGGUGCUUGGCCUUAGCUUUGAUCUCCUUCUUAUUCCUCCUGACAGUGAUUCUGGCCAUUCUCAUGAAGAUUCGGCGAUCAGGGAACCCCAAAUUCCUGCAGUGUUUUGCUCCUGUUCCCCAUUCAAACAACACGGUCAUUUUCCCACCAAACUAUGAAGAAGGAACAUUGCCGUAUUCCUAUCAGCUGUGCUUAUCUUCUGAGUCCAGGGUACAGGAGUUCACCUUUCCAACACCCAAUCUUCAAACUGCAGAUAAGUCUAAUGUGACUUUGA